AGCAUGCGUUGUUGCUGACGUCACUUGGUAAACAUUGCAAUAUUCAAAGCUCCUGUAACGCGACUGCUGCUUCUCAGAAAGACGCAAAUGCGAACGGAUUACCUUCAGCUGCGCUAACACGGGCGUCGUCUGUGCAAGAUCGACUACAGAGGAAGAAUAAUAAAAGGAGUUCGCCUUAAUCUGGGGGGAAAUGGCUUCGCAUAGGAGUAACGGGGACGGCGUAGAAAGCAUGCAGCUGGCGGAGGAUCAGAUCAAAGCGCUGGAGGAGAAUUUCAUGAAAGUCAGCAAGCAUCCGGACGGGACGACGCUCAUGUUGAUCGCGGCCGAGUGCGGACUGUCCGAGGAGGAGGCGGCAAGGUGGUUCCGGCUUCGCAACGCGCAGUGGAGACAGUCCGAGGGCCUCCCCGCCGAACAGGGCUCCGUCAAAGACUGAGGCAGAAGAGGGUCAUCGCCCAAAGUGCCCCCCCCCCGUUCCCGAAAAACACCCCUCCAUCCCACCUCCCUCCCAACCUUCCCUGAGCUGUACUUUGCUGAUUGUGAGCUGUAUGUAAGUCUUAUUUUUAUAGAUAUAACCAGCAUAUUUCCAUAGGUAUAUAUACAUCACUAAUUAUAUGUAUGUAAAUGUAAUUUAUUUUAUGUCAUGCAAGGCCCUCGGCAUGUAGUGUUUGCAAUAAGAAGCAUGGAACUUUGUUCAGAGAUGAUCUGAUGGGAUCAGAGUACAUUCUGACCCAAGGCCACUGCACUUAUCCUGAUUAUGAAGAUCCCUGACUGGAAUUGUCUGCUGAAGGGUUACAGGUUCCCAGUCCAAGCCUUAAGGAUUGGAGGAUUCUGGGAAUGCAAAUCUUGACGUAGAUAAAUAAAUAAAUACAUAUACAAGAGA